AUGCGCCCCGGCUGGACAGUCCGCCGCGCAGAUUUCGCCGUCGUGCUGGCUGGGGCACGAGUGCAAGACCACCGGUGUGUUCGCUUCAUCGGUAUCGAACAUUAUCGCGGCAUUGUCGUCAGUCGGUCUGAAUGGCGCGCCAACGGGCGCACAGAAGUCACGGAAUCGCAUACUCUUGUGAUCCUUGCGAAGAUCGUGAACGAUCCUGCUCACGCUCCAUCAGCGGUCGGGAUCCCCGUCGAGAACUCCGCAGAUGAGACCAUGCUGAUCAACGUGCUGGAGGAGGCGGUCCACCGCAAGGUCGAGGAGCUCAAUUGGAAGAAGGUCCUCUUGCACGGUGUUGGCGGCUGGGCCGGGAGGUAUUCCACGCCCGGCAAGAAGUUCGACGGGGGCUUCUUCCUCCUCCGCCUCGUCACCUCCGUGUUGUUCUUACAUUCCUACGUCCCGAACCUCUCCCCCACUUCCAUCUCGAUUCUCCUGCGCGCGUACUUCAGCACCUCCCUCGCACUGUACAUCGCGCGCGGCCGCCCCGCCCUCCGCAUCCGCAACUUCUACGCAUCUGCUGCCAACCCACCCGCACACGCGCUCUCCGCGGAGCCGACGACGAGCGCAUGGUUCCAGAUCCUGCAGCGCACACUCGCGCACAACGACGACUACCUCGCGAAGCUCCAGCGUUCCCUAGCGCACUUCGCCAGCCUCUACGGCGCGACGCCGGCGGGUCUCGCUGACGCGACCAACGAGGAUCGCGACCCUCGCGUCCGCACUCAACGCGAGGAUGGAGAAGACCUCGGCGACGCGUCGUGA